AUGGCACAUAUUAUGGGAGUCGGGGGCAGGGAUUUCAGCCCUACUCAAGAACAACCUCCACGAAAAAGGAAAAGAAGAGGCCGUUUAACGGACGCUGAAAAAUUGGAAAAAGAAAAGCGUCAAAAAGAUAUGGAUAAUGGACGUCACGCUGGAUAUCUAUUGACAAACCAAGCUGAUUAUGAAAGAUCUCAAAGAGACUUUUUGAUAAUGCAGCAUGGUGCCCGUGCCGCAUUAAGACCUGAUGUGAACGCGAUGGAUUCGGAUGAUGAGGAAGAACGCUGGUAUACUCCUUAUAGAUUUGAAACUGAGGACAUGUUGCCCACCUAUGUCAAAAAAGCAUAUCGAGAACGAGAGUACGAGUUCUUCUGUUUGAUCUGUCAGACCACAAUAAAGAACAAAGACUUCUUGGAUCACGUUCCGACUUGCGCUCAAGAAAAAAAUGCUCAAUUUGAAGAUGAAGCUGCUGCAAUUGCUUUGUACAAAUCCAGUGAUCAAUAUCUCAAUCAGGAACUCUCCAAACUGAGAGAAAGAAUGGAAUUAGAGUACCUUCACGCAUGCCUUAAUCCUGAACGUCGCCUGGAAAUGGCAUGUGGAUUAUGCGAUACGCUGGACGAGCACAAGGCUGGAAUGUGCAUGCAUGACUUUCAGAAAACGGCUUUUCGUAUUGAGGCAAAUAAAAUUGUUCAAAGCGCAAUCAGUGAACUCUUCGAUUUCUGGGAAUUGAAAAAGCAGAGUGGAUUGAAUCAGAUCUCUGUCAAGUAUGCUGAGAAAUACGAAAAAGAAAAAGCUCUCUCUGCAGAACAAGCACACGUUGGCACUCUGUAUAUGUUGACGGCCCCGGCAUUAUAUCAACAUUACCCCUGCCUCUGGCAGCGAGUGUCCGCUGCCGCGCUGGCCAAGCUCAGAUCAAUAAGCGACGAAAGGCGAGAGUCGAGAGAAACGGGGAAAAUGUAUCACAUUGGUGAUGGAGAUGCACCCAGACUGGAUAUCGAGAAUCAAUUUGAAGGAGGAAUAGGGAUGGAGUUCUUACCGGCGGAGAUGAUACAGAUCAUUGUUGGCCCAAACCAACCCAACGAACGACACAGAUUCUUGCGUCCAGAAAUAAGACCAGAACAAAUCGAUGACGUUUAUCAACCUGUAAUGCACAGACCAGAGGCAAACUAUCAUAUAGCACUUCACCAAAAUGAACCACAAGACUUCGUGAUCGGAGAACGACCACUAGACGCUCGAGAACGGCGUGCGCUUAUACGUGAGCGUCGAGCAGCACGUGCGGCAAGACAACAAGAAAGACAACAAGAAGGACAACAGGAAGAACAUGAACAUCAAGAAGCCCAGCAGGAAGAUCCGGUAGCUCAUGAUGUUCCAUUAGGUUUUAGAGUUCCAGUACCUCGAGCAGUGAAUGAAAACCGAAUGUUGAACAUGCAGCUCCAAUUGAGGCAAAUAGAUCAACUUCUUGAAAAUCGUGCAUCGGAUUCGGAAGAAGAAGAAGAGAGACGUCUUGUUUCACGUCAUGAAAGUGUUGAUCUGAUGCCUGUUUUUGUCAGAAGAGCUUAUCGAAACCGAGCAAAGCAGUUUCAAUGUCCUAUCUGCCAUGGAACCAUUGAGAAUAAGAAUUACAUGGAACAUCUCUCGCCUUGCGCUGAAGAGAAGAAUGCCAGCUAUGAAGAAAAAGAAAAAGCAGAGUGUAUGUUCAAAUUUAGUGAUUACUAUUUCAUGGAGAGGAUCUAUGCUCUCAGAGAGAGGCUGGAACUAGAGUACCUAGACGCGACGCUGGAUCCAAAUCGUCGCGUUCAGAUGGCAUGCGAACUAUGCGCCACAUUAGAAGAACACAAGAACGGAAAAUGCAUGAAUGAUAAUCAGGAAGCCGCCUUUAAAAGCGCAGCUAAUCAAAUUGUGCAACAGGCGAUAAGCAAUUGUCUCGACUUUUUCGAAUACAAAAAACAAAUCGAACUCCAAAUGAUUACGGAUGAAUAUACUGAAGAACGAGCGAAACUUGACAUCAUCUUGACUGAGCAGAAAGAUAAAGCGUUUGCUGAUGAAAUGGUGAAAAACGUCGUGAGAGGCGAAAGUUUUGCGAAGGACAGAGUUAUUUUCAACAUGAAUGAAAGAAAGCUGGAAUUUUCUCGCUCAAAGCAGAGAUUCUAUAUGAUUAUGGUUGAAAAACAAACGACACGUAUAGUGAAAUAUAUCACAAAAACAAAGGGGAUGGAUUUGCUGCGCACGAUUUUGGAAUAUCGAGUGGAGAACAACAUGGAAGAGUUGACCGAGCCAAGGGAUUCGAAUUUCAACAAAACCAGACAAAGAGGACUAGGAUUCCACCGCAGACCGAGAUUUCGUCAACCUGGUAGAUUCCUUCCAGUCUAG